AAGCUUUGCAAUAAGGGCGCGCAAAGCGCGGCGCAGCAUGGAAAAGCGGCGCAGCAUGGAAAAGCGAUACAGCAAGGAAAAGCAAAAGCACGGCAAAUCAUUCAUUAAGGCAUAACAAAACGUGACAAAAAAAAGAAAAGGGAACAAAUCUGAAUGUCCAUUUCGCUCGCAUUUUUUUUGCGUAUUUCCAGUUGCCCCCUUUUUCGAGGCAGAAAUUUGCUCAUAUAUUCGCGGCGCGAAAAAUUGCUCGGUGCUUGCGCGCCCGUAUGGCAAGAAAAUGACGAGUCGCAAAUGGGGAAAAAAAAAAAAAAAAUAAAAAAUAAAAUCUCACUUUGCGCAGUGAAAACUUUACCUCCCCCCUGUCGAUUUCCAUCCUGCGUUUCCCCAAAGUUGCCUUCGUUCUUGGUGACCAUCUUUUGGAAAUACCCCCCAGGCAGUUGUUGGGUACACGUUUGCAUAUUUUUUUCACCUUUUUGGGGGCACUUUUUCGCAAUUUUUUCCAACCUGGAUGCAAUUCUCCGCGUUUCCCAUUUUUGCCAUUCCCGAGCUAUGCGGCGAAACGAGUCGACAUUUUAAAAAUCUCGCGAUGAGCCAAUGCGACCUCUUGCCGAGGAAGGGCAGAAAAGUACCCCCACCAUUUCCCUUUUCCUCCAAAAAGGAGCUUCCCCCAAAUACGCUCAGC